AUGGCGGCGGCACUGCAGAUGCCUAGUACGACGACUACGGCGUCGGCUUGCGUCCCAGAUACGGCGCGGGGCACGCACGUGUUCACGAUCGCCAGCUACAGGCUGCACAAGGGCCUCGGCGCCGGCAAAUUCAUCCGAUCCGCCACCUUUGCCGUCGGCGGCUAUGACUGGUGCAUCCGGUACUACCCAGACGGAGACCUAAACCAGAAGGACCACGUCUCGGUCUGCGUCGAGCUCCAGAGCAAGAACUCCGUGGUGAGGGCGCUCUACGACCUGAGGCUGAUCAACCGGGCCACCGGGCUGUCGUCAUUGAUCUUCUCCCGGCCAUCGUCCCUCCCGGCGUUCGACUCCUUGAAGAACGAUCAUGUCAGGGGUGCUUACAAGUUCAUGAAGAUCGACCUCCUGGAGGCAUCCCCGUACCUGCAGGAUGACUGCCUUGUGAUCCAGUGCGACAUUACCGUUCUCCUCAAUGAAAUACCGGCCGUGGCGACGGUUGCCAAGCCACCUGAGAUUCAGGUAACACCGUCAGACUUGUCGAACAAUCUUGCAAAACUGCUGGAGGGGAACAAAGGAGCGGACAUGACGAUCAAGGUUAACGGUGAGGUCUUCCAUGCGCAUAAGAUUGUGCUCGCGAUGCGGUCUCCCGUCUUCGACGCUCAGCUCUACGGGCCAAUGGGGGACAGCGAGAAACAUUGCAUACAGAUUGAGGACAUGCAGCCAGCUGUUUUCAAAGCAUUGCUUCACUUCAUGUAUACAGAUUCAUUGCCUGUCAUGCACGACCUUGACAACCAUGACAACAAGGAGAUGAUUAAGCACUUGAUCGUGGCUGCAGAUAGGUAUGCCAUGGAAAGGAUGAAGUUGAUCUGUGAGAGUAUGCUAUGCAAGAGUCUCGAUGCUAAGAGCGUUGGGGCCACAUUGGCUCUAGCUGACCAGCAUCAUUGCAGCAAGCUCAGAGAAGCAUGCGUUGAGUAUAUCAAACUCUUCUCUUAG